ACAUGUGAUACCGGAAGUGUCYAGUCGACAUGUGCAGCUUCAAAACAACACCAGCACAUUAUUUUAGACCUUUUCCAUAAGUCGCUUCUGUCAUCAAAAUUGAUUGCAUUUCACCACUGAUUCAAUAUUGUGAAAAGGUUUUGUAGCUAAUUUCCUAGAACUGUAGAUAUAAUGCGUUGUUUUGGUCUCACUCACUUCCCAGUUACAAGGUUAGUGGCAAAGUUAGCUGGCUAACGGUAGCUAGCUAGUUCGCUACAUAGCUAGGCUACUAGCUAACGUUAGGAAACCAUUAUCAUGUCAACCAUAAAGUAUUGUAUGUUAGGUAACAAUAUAGUUACACGUUUAUUCCCAAAAAGGACAUAUUCGUGGUGUGUACAGUUGAGGCAUCAGCAGCUUUACUGCGCAGAGAACUGGCUUAAGGUACCAACAAGUUAUAAAUGCCAUAAGAGAUCACAUCAUGUCAAUCAAUCAUCAUAUCAGCAUAUCUCACAAUAUGGGCUUCAACGUCACAGAACUACAACAGUGUCAUGGCAGACAUCUAUCCCUUUACAACACAGAGGCUUUUCACUGUCAACAUACCAGCAGACAAUUAGGGAUGAGGAUGAUACCCCAGGACAUGAAAGCCUGGGCAGGGAGGAGGACGGUUAUAUAGAUGACAGUGAGAUAGAUGAGCUGUUUCAGCACCAGGUCCCUAUGGUCGGAGAGGGAGACCACCGCGUCUUCAUYGUCCAUCCUGAUGUGAAAUGGGGAAGCAGGAAGCAGUACCUGACCACAGCUAAUCUGAUGAUGGCGGAGGCAGUGGGUUUGGUCAACACUCUACAGAACUGGAGUGUCAUCGACAAGAUCAUCCUCUCCACCAAGACACCAGAGAAGAAGAUGAUCUUUGGCAAAGGCAACUUCCAGACGCUCACAGAGAGAAUCAGAAGAACUCCAGGAGUAACUGCUGUGUUUGUCAACGUGGAGCGUCUGUCCCCUGCCUCAGAGAAAGAGUUUGAGGAGGCGUGGGGGGUGAAGGUGUUUGACAGAUACUCUGUGGUUCUCCAUAUCUUCCGCUGUAAUGCCAGAACCAAGGAGGCCAAGCUACAGGUCUCCCUGGCUGAGAUUCCACUGCUCAGAUCCCGGUUGAGAAAUGAAGUGGCCAACUUGGACCAGCAGGGGGGCGGCUCCAGGUACAUUAUGGGUAAGACAACUCUGAUCAAGGCGUUGACGGGUGACGCUGCACUGCAGCCUAGAGAUCAGCUGUUUGCCACGCUGGACGUCACGGUGCACGCCGGGACGCUGCCUAGUCACAUGACUGUGCUUUAUGUGGAUACCAUCGGUUUCCUGUCCCAGCUUCCCCACCAGCUCAUAGACUCCUUCUCCGCUACGCUGGAGGACGUCAUUCACUCUGACCUGAUAGUCCAUGUGAGAGACAUCAGCCACCCAGAGACUGUGAACCAGAAGGAGAAUGUGUUGAAUGUCCUGAGGAACCUUCAGAUCCCAGACAGACUGAUGAGCUCCAUCGUAGAAGUCCACAAUAAGAUAGAUCUGGUGGACAGCUAUGAGCCCUCUGAGCCCAACAGCUUGCCUAUCUCUGCUCUGAGAGAACAGGGUCUGGAGGAGCUGAAGAUAGUAGUAGAAGAAGCUAUAGUGAGAUCUACAGGGAAACAGGUCCUGACUCUCCCUGUGGACCUCAGCAGCUCCCAGUUAAGCUGGCUGUACAAGGAGGCAACAGUUCAGGAAGUGGACGUUAACCCUGAUGAAGGUUCUGCUGUCGUCAAGGUGAUCAUCAGUGCUGCUGCGUACGGACGCUACAGGAAGACGUUCCAACUUAGUUAGAAACACGACAGGUCUACACCAAUGAUGUGUCUMAACCCUGGAUGAUUGACAGGAGGCUUUUUGAAGCCACCGGGCAGCCAUAGAAAUGCAUUUAUUCAUGUCUACAUUCGUUUUUGACACAUUUAUUAUAUUACAGACACCUUAAUGCAUCAAA